GCCCACCCUCCACUCCUCUGCACCCCGCCCCAAUCUGUUUGCGUGGCCAGGCAACGCCGACCUCACCCAUAUCGGCGACGGAGAUUCCAAAGGAAAUUUCAUUUCUUCUGUUCGCCAUCCCACCAGGAAAGAAGGAGUGAGAAACCAAGCCGCCGCCUCCAGUUCCGCGUCCAGGAAUCUCUGUUGGAAGAGAUGGCAAUGAGCCCAGGCCCUUUGUUGUUGGUCUUCGUACUGGGUCUGGUUUUGACCCUUCCAACUCUGGCUCAGGAUGACCGCAGAUAUAGAAAAUUUCUGAAUGAGCACUAUGACGCCAAGCCAAAGGGCCGGGACGACAGAUACUGCGAAAGUAUGAUGAAGAAAAGAGGCCUAACCUCGCCCUGCAAAGAUACCAACACCUUUAUUCAUGACACCACAAACAACAUCAAGGCUAUCUGUGGAAGGGAUGGAAGCCCUUACGAAGGAAACUUAAUAAUAAGCAAUGCUCCCUUCCAGGUCACCACUUGCAAGCACCACGGAGGGUCUCAACGGCCUCCCUGCCGGUACCGAGCCUCUAAAGGGUACAGACGUAUUGUUAUUGCCUGUGAGAAUGGCUUGCCCGUCCACUUGGAUGAGUCUGUUAUCAAUCUGUAGUCAGCAGGCUCCUGGCACAGACCUAGCUCUGCUUACUUUUUAUCUCCCCUCAUAGCCCAGAACACUGGUUCCAGCAUUCAGUGUCAGGGGCCAGAAAAUGAAUUAUCUGAAACAUACUUCUCCUGAUUUACAAUGCACAGAAAUAAAAAUGUCUCAAAAGCCA